AUUAUACUGAAUUCAAGUCCCAAACAUAUAAAUAAACAAAAAUAAAUAAAAAAGCUUUUCUAUUACUAAUAUCAAGAAUCAAAUAUGGCAAGUGCUCAAUUCAAUGUUGAUCAAUCCCAUGACCAAGCUGAGGCCAAGACGGAGCAAUGGACAGAAUCAGCAAAUUCCUCUGUUAAUAAAAUUGAAGAUGCAAUCCAAAGAGCUCGCGAAUCAGCUCAACAAAAAAGGGAACAGAAUUCUGGAUUCCUUCACCAGACUGGAGAGCAAAUGAUGCACAUGGCUCAAGGUGCAGUUGAUGGGGUGAAGAACACACUAGGAAUUGGAUCGAACAAAAACAAAUGAAAGUCAAGAUCACCCC